AGCAGUAGUGACAGUCUUUAUUAGAAUACGGUAAGCAAUGACAGGUUGAUAAGCACUCUUCCUAGAGCGGGUGAUUCCAGUUUAGUCUGCUGUAGCCAGUAGUGACGUUAGUAGUUACAGUCCGUGGAGAACUGACUGGACUCAGAGGACGGAGACGGUGAGUGAGAACCAGAUCGGGGCCCGGCGACAGGGCAGCAGGACAGGAAGCCAGCGCGGGGAGACUGGCAGACAGGAAACAGGAAAGGCUGCCCCGCAGACACCAGAGGACACUGUGGCCGUGACCACCGACAGGGAACAACCACGGGCCUCAAGCAGGCAGCGGUCAAAACCAGGGAAGUCCAACAAAGUCCACAAUACAGGCAAGGUCCAAGAAAACAAAGAAUCAAUACAACAAAACUCACUGGUAAGAAAUGCUGGAAUGCUUGACACAGGAUCAAAGUACAACCAAAAUGCACAUGACAGGGACAACGACCCGACAAUGAACAAAGGAAAAGACCUGGACAAAAUACAAUAAGUUAGGUGAGACAACGAGACACAGGUGCAAUCAAUCAAGGUGGGGCCAACACUCUAAAUUGGAGGGAAAGCAAACAAAGACAGGACGUAAACUCACAAGACACACAAGGAGAGGAGAACACUACAAAAUAAAAUGGGAAACAGGACAAAAGCCCAAACUAUGACAAUAAAGCUGCCUAAUGCGACCACACUCUACUACUCCUGCAGCAUUUGGCACCUCCAUUUAGAGAAGCUAGGGUGUUUCAUGUCUCGCUGCACCUCACCAGACACUAGAUAAAGAAUCAGAGAGGACAGUGGUGACCUUCUUCUAACUGGGAUAUCUCCUGGUGAAUUACAUUAUAGUGAAAAUAGGUAGGUGGCUGGAUUAUUGUGAGGAAACAAGACUGUCAAAACAAAAUAAUAUGAAUUUUUGUUUUGUGAGGGCCUGAAACACAUUCUGAAAGCUAGAUCCAAACACAUAAGGCUCCUUGCUAGUGUACAAGUCCUACAACGAUGGUGUCUGAUAGGUACACUUUUAAAUGUGAAUGACACAAUGAUAUUGGUUUAUUGUUGCAGUAUUAAUCUGCAAAGUACUGUAAGAACAUUUUUUCUUGACAAGUAAAGAUGUGCUGUGUCAUGUUACAUCCAGUUGAUUUGCCAGUGUGUGUGUGUGUUAUCAGGAUCAUUCAAUGUUGCAAUUUUUGUGGCAAUGAUUAAGCUGCACAGGUAAAGUGAUGAGGUUGUGAAACACACUGACGGAGAAGGGGAGGAAAAGAGAGCGACACAGAGAGAUUACACCUCCCUCGCCGUGCUUUGAUCUAUAGAUGGGAGAAGGAGCAUCCUAACACCGCCUGAAGGACGCAGAGCUGCGGCUCGGAAAUGGCUGAGAAACCAAAUCCAGUCGGUACCGGUCCUGGGUGGAGAUACAACAUCCCGGAUGUGGGGAAAUAGCGUCUUGUAGUUCUACGUCGGGUAUUAGAAGCCGUCAUACAUAUAGCCUACAUGCGUAGCCUACGUAGCCUAUUUAAAUAUGAUGAAGCCGAUACGCACUGGCUGGACAGGCGGUGAAGAGAGGUCGCUGACGGACUUUGCGUAAUGCUGAGUGGACAGCAGUAUUUCUCGCUGUAUAUUCCAGCCUAGACGGUCUAUUGACAGGAGAUUCACACUUCUUCUGCAGUGCACCUCGUCAUUAUAACCAGAUGCUCUCCGCCGGACCGGACCCGUUCAAUUUCAUGCCGUCCAACCCGACCGGAGCCUGAGUCGAAGGAUGCAGGUUAAAAACCAGAUCUGCACAGAGCGGAGCAGCACCGACGACCCCGAGCAGGAUGACAACCAGAAGAAGACCUCGUGUUUUUCCAACAUUAAGAUUUUCCUGGUGUCGGAAUGUGCGCUCAUGUUGGCACAGGGCACUGUGGGCGCCUAUCUGGUAAGUGUGCUGACCACUCUGGAGAGACGUUUCAACCUCCAGAGUGCAGAUGUGGGCGUCAUUGCCAGCAGCUUCGAAAUCGGCAACCUUGCCCUCAUCCUGUUUGUCAGCUAUUUUGGCGCCAAGGCCCACAGACCCCGCCUGAUUGGCUGCGGCGGGAUUGUCAUGGCGUUGGGGGCAUUGCUGUCAGCCCUGCCGGAGUUCCUGACUCAUCAGUAUGAGUAUGAGGCCGGGGACUCGUGGCACGCUGAGGAUGGCAGGGACGUCUGCUCCAACACCUCCAGGUCAGAAAACCGAGACUCUGGGUUUAAAUGUGGCAACAGAGCCAACACCAACAUGAUGUACCUUCUACUGAUCGGAGCCCAGGUUCUUCUGGGCAUCGGAGCCACACCUGUCCAGCCUCUGGGAGUGUCCUACAUCGAUGACCAUGUUCACAGGAAGGACUCCUCGCUGUAUAUAGGUAUUUUAUUUUCAACAUUAGUGUUCGGCCCAGCCUGUGGCUUCAUCUUAGGUUCUGUCUGUACCAAAGUCUAUGUUGAUGCAGUCUUCAUCGACACCAGUAAGCUGGACAUCACCCCAGAUGACCCUCGCUGGAUCGGGGCAUGGUGGAGCGGCUUCCUUCUCUGCAGUGCCUUACUCUUCCUCUCGGCCCUCUUCAUGUUUGGCUUCCCCCAGGCGCUGGAUGAGCAGGACAUGGACGGUGGGGGGGAGAGUGAGCAGGCCAUGCUGCCUUCUUCCCUGACCCUGGAGUACCAGGGCUCUAAACCCAACGGGGCCAUUCAUGGCUUUGAUAUAAAUAGCGGACUCUCAGUUUGUGAGCAUCUGAGAGUAAUCCCCCGGGUAACCAGGCACCUUCUCUCUAAUCCGGUGUUCAGCUGCAUCACGCUGGCAGCCUGCAUGGAGAUCGCUGUGGUUGCUGGCUUUGCUGCCUUCUUGGGAAAAUACCUGGAGCAGCAGUUCAACCUUACCACCUCCUCAGCCAAUCAGCUGCUAGGUAUGACGGCCAUCCCCUGUGCCUGUCUGGGUAUCUUCCUCGGGGGGCUGCUGGUGAAGAAGCUAAACCUGUCUGCUCUGGGCGCUGUCCGCAUGGCCAUGCUGGUCAACCUGGUGUCCACUGCCUGCUACGUCUCUUUUCUCUUCUUGGGCUGUGACACCGGACCUGUUGCCGGGGUUACGGUCGCCUACAGCAACGAGACGUUGAAGUCCUGGCAGCGACCUGAUUCAGCGUGCAUCAAUAACUGUAACUGCUACACAGCAUCAGUGAGCCCUGUCUGUGGUUCCAACGGAGUCACCUACCUCUCAGCCUGCUUCGCUGGCUGCACCAAACCAAACCUGACAGGCUGUACGUGUAUAUCCAGCACAAGUGAAGAUGCGGUGGCUUUACCAGGGAAGUGUCCCAGUCCAGGCUGUCAGCAGGCCUUCCUCACCUUCCUAUGUGUUAUCUGUGUGUGCAGCAUGAUUGGAGCUAUGGCCCAGACACCUUCUGUCAUCAUCCUUAUCAGAACUGUAAGUCCAGAGCUUAAAUCUUAUGCCCUCGGAGUUCUGUUCCUGCUCCUGAGACUGAUAGGCUUCAUCCCUCCCCCUCUGAUUUUCGGCAUGGGCAUCGACUCCACCUGUCUGUUCUGGAGCACUGUCUGCGGCGAGAAGGGAGCCUGCAUGCUGUACGACAACGUGGCAUACAGGCAUCUGUACGUCAGCAUCGCCAUUGUCCUCAAGUCGUCAGCCUUCAUCCUGUACACCACCACGUGGCAGUGUUUGAGAAAGAACUACAGGAAAUACAUCAAGAACAGCGAGGGUUACCUCACACCCACCGAACUCUUCGCCUCCAAUGUGACUCUGGACAAUUUGGGCAAGGAGAUCAUCCAGAACCCAGCCAACAGGACAAAGUUCAUAUACAACCUGGAGGACCACGAGAUGUGUGAUAACAUGGAGUCAGUUUUAUAGUGGUGGUUCUGCACUGGGACUGCAGACUGGAGCUGAGGCUGUUAAAGUGCAACUGAUCUGAUGUGCAAUGUUCCUUCGGUGUCGUAUCAGUUUAGAAGAAUGUUCUCAGUAAGGGUCUUAUCUUUUUGUCACCCAAAACAUGAGACAUAAUGAAAAAAAAAUGAAGAGAUGUUUCCCAAAAUGCUCUAUAUCCGUGUUGCACUUUUGUUUCUUUUACUAAAAUACAGAUCAUUUGGUCCAUUUUUGUCAGACAAAAUCAUAAGCAAACUUUUUUUUUUGUGUUGGGCAUUUUUUCUUUAAUUUAACAGCAGAAUAGAGAUUGACAGCAAACAUGGGGAAUGACAUGCAACAAAUGUUCCCUGCCAAAUUUGAACAAGGGACGUUGCAGUUAAUGUGUCAUACCACUAAUCUCCCAGAACAGCCCUGAAAUGACCUUCCUUAGUUCAACUUCAUUAACAGUUCAGUUAAAAUGGCAAUCAUAUUAGGUUUAGAUUUAUUAUGAGACCAGAGCUCUUUGAGAAGCAGAAAUCUUAAAUUUUGGUUAUUCAUUAGCUUUAUUAGACAGUUUAUUUUCCUUUAGAAGGAAGUACUUCUCAGGUCCAGAUGUCAGAUAGAAAGAAUGACAGCAUGGUUGUUCAUCAUUAGAUGAUGCAUAUAUUAGCUCAUGGUUGGAGCAUGUUUCCAGACAUAUAGAACAUACAUUAAUAACUACUAGGCAACCCUACUACAGACGUAUUAACAGACUGAUGUGUUCCCUCACUCAAUUUUCUAAGCUUAACAUAACACAUAGGGGGAAAGGAUGCAUUGAAAAGAGAUGCAUUGACUACAGGGGCCCAUGUAGGCCCAUCACACAAGAAGCAAAGGAAAACCAACAAAUAAACAACAAGAAAUAGGAGUAAAGGCCCAGGAACAGGCAUAAUCCCUGUAAUUGAGAAUAAUAAUAAAAAGUAAUGGGCAACAUAUUACAUCAACACCAGAGAGGUCACGACUCUAAGCGGCCCUAUUUCCUGGCUACAUAGUUAAAGCCUCUGAGCAUUACAAGAGUAUAGAAAAUAGAGAAUAUAAAAGACAAAACAUAUAUAUUUGUAACAGAAACCAAUUUUAUUUUUAUUUUUGUGCUACCAGUCAUUUUGCAAGAGUAGAGGUCACUGUGCCUCAAAGGGUGGCCAUCACAUUUUGGAACCAAACUCAAUUUGAGUUGAUGUUGCACAUAUUGUUCAGAUUUUAAAAAAAAUAAGAAACAGAGUCUUUCUCAAUAGCUUUCAGUAUAACUGGCCCUUUCUUGUUCAAGGCCAUUUUAGGACAUUUGUUGAAUGGUAGUGGAGCGUUGAUCAUGUAAUAACUAUCCCUUUACUGUGUCAUAGUGUGGAGUUUGGCUAUGAAUGCUGGACGAGAUUCUGAGACAAAUUUUCUGUUUCAGAGCCACAGAACUAUUUGGGGGUUUUGUUUUUGUUUGUUUUUUUACUUCACACCAUUUUGUUGAUAUUCUUUUCUCUUUGACAUUUAUAGAAACCAGGUGCAACUUCCAAAAAGAAACUUUUAAAAAAUGUCCUUCUAGGUGAUUAGCUAAUGGUCUUACCAAAAGCAACAGACCACACCCACCUACGAAUGGUUGAACAUGACACACAUGAGCUGAUUCAAUAACUGAACCUGUGACAUUUCAGUUACAUAACUAUCUUUCUAACCACUGAUUUGACCGUACCACCAUUGUAAUUCUGCCAGGAACACUCAUGUCAAUGGCAAAUCGAAACAGAAAUACAGUUUGACUUGGUGGUGUAAUUCUACUCCUGGGGAUGCCCCCUGCAGCAGUAAUGCAUGGAAUGCAUAGCAACAUGAUAAAUAACAAGCUGGGAACAUUGCAAGUACGACUCUCCAGGGUACAUGUAUGUAGUAGGGCCAAAGCAGAUGGAGGCUGUGGGGGAGGAGGCCUUCACUAAUAGAAUCAGUAACAGCAGCAAAGCUCACAUGAGCAUACAGACUGAGAGUGUGAAGGCAUUUAAGUAGAACGCCAAGUCAAGGCAGUGAGACGUGAUGAUUGUGGUGGGCUAGCUGUCAGCAGACACAGCAUAGCAUGACGCACAGUGUCAGUGCCAGAAUUAGUUCAUUUAAAAGCAUGCUGGUAAUGCAUGCGAUAAUAAAAAAUAAAAAAAUCAGUAUGUCACUAAGCUGCACAGACUCUGUGGUUUGGUGGCCAUGGUAAUGGUUAAAUACACAUUUAACUCAAAUGGCCUCUGAAAUCUAUUUUAGACCAUGGAAAAGCUUUAUAAUGCAUACUGCAUUGUGAUGUUGACAAUUUUUAGCAAACCUCAGCUGACUCAUAAUCACUCACACUGCAGUGAUUGUCUAAACACAGAUUUUUUUUUCAAAUAAUGUUUUUUUGUAUUUCAGGAAUUCGAUGGGAUUCUGAUUUCUGACAUAUCCAGUUUAUAUAGAGAAUAUAUUGUUUUUCCUGGCUUACUUUGUAAGUAUUUAAUAUGUUUUGCAUCAAAAAUAUGGACCUUUGUCCAGCCACUCACCAGUGCAAUAUAUUUAAUUUUCAAAAUGUGUAAUCCCUUUUAUGUUUGGAAGUGGGGCUUAAAGUUGUAGUUCAACAUUUUGCGAAAUAAGCAUAUUCACUUUCUUGCUGAGAGUUAGACAACAAGAUCUAUAAAUGUCUGUACGGUAAAUAUGAAGCUAGAGCCAGCAGCCGUUUAGCUCAGCAUGGCGUAAAGACUGGAAAUAGGGGGAAACAGCUAGCCUCAAUCUUUUAUCUAAUUCUCGGCAAGAAAGCAUUUCCUAAAAUGUUCUUUAAAGUUAGUUAAAGCCAACUACAAUCCUUUGAAAAGUUCCACGAUUCAGUUUCAUUUUAUGCUGCCACUCAUGUUUUAUGAGUACAUUUUUUGCAAGUGGUGGAAAUGAUUUUGGAUCCACACUUAAUGUAUGAUGAUGAUGUAUUUAGUUUAGCACUUCAGUGAACUAAUAGUAUUAGAUUUAAACUAUACGUUGACGGUGCAUCAUAAAUAGUAAAGAGAAUUUAAUAUCAAAUGGGGAAAACAGACAGUUGUUAGAGAAUGUUGGAGAUCAGCAAUGGACCUACAUUCAACACAGAGCCAUGCCAAACUAGACCAGACUAAAAUAAUGUCUGCUCGGUUUGAUGUGAACUAAGAGAGUAUAAAUACAGAUUUUUAGCACCGCAGUGAGACUUAAAUUCUUAAAAUGGAAGAAUUUUUGGGCACUGAUUAGGUAGUGUUUGAAACAGUUUCCUUCCCUGAUGGGAGGAUUGGCUCCUAGCAGGACAUUCAGGACAGCCGGACAUUAUGCUAAGAUGUACAAACAACUAAAAAGGAAGCUUCUAUCAGGGAGGAGGGUGUUAACUAACAUUACCAGCUGGCCACCAUCUCCUCUUCAGCAACCCCCAACAGGUGGUGCUGUCUUUGAUAACUGUAACGUCCAGUGUGUCAUAGUGGUGACUCCUCUGUAUAUAAUAGUGCCAUACAAGUGCCAAAGUGACACCAUAGAAGUGUUCUGUAAUGUCCUGCAGAGAACUUUGUCUCACCACGCUGGAGCUCAGAGCAGAUCCUCCAGCUGUAUGUAGCCUUUCUGUGAUAUCCCUCCACAUACUUUCACCAUAUCAUACACAAGUGUCCCAAAAACAUAUUGCCUAUAAAAUAUUGUAUAUGGGUCUAGAAAACAGUAUUAUUUAGGAUGUCAUAACUGUUAAUAUGUAGGACUUUUCUACUAGUGAAGGUAUUGUCUAAUUUAGAUUAAUCUCUCUUUCCAUCAAUGGCAAAGCUGAUAACUGUUUGUUGCUUUGGUCCAAAUAAAAACAAUACUUUGCUUGAAAUAAGUGGCACCAAUGUUAAGCUAUAGCCUGACAUUGUACAGUAGAUAAUUGACUGUAGAAAAUCAGCCAGACUUCACUGAUAGCAGUCCUGCACCUGUGCCUGGAUAUUAAGCUCUACUCUGAGACUUUCUGAAUGGAGCCUGUUGUGCCAUAUCAACCUGUGCACUGUAACAUUCAACACUCGCGAAGAAGAAGCCAACAUAUUCUAGGUCUGUCUAAUGCGCUGGCAAGAGUGACAGCGCUUGCUUGACCUUGUAUUCACCUGCGGCGACAGGACUGUUUUGCCUUGUGAUGAGAAAAUAACUUUGGAGCAUAAAUGUUUUUUUACAUCCUAUUUUUCUCAUUAUUCUCAUUAUUCUCUUUUGAUGACCUUGCCUUGUGGUAACAGCAGGUUGACUUUUAUAGCGGAGCUUUAGUAACAGAAGUAUUGACAUAUGAAGAGUUUACUGCCAAAAUACGACAUUUCUGGGCAAAAAAGUCCUAAGGUUUAUCAUUUCAGGAGACAUUUUGACAUCAAUGGACAGUUAUCCUGUAAAUAUGUCCAUAAUUUGUUUUUGUUGCUGUUAAUUAUUUCAUAUGGAUAGUUUUUUAAACAAUGGAUGUUAUUUUGGAAGCAAACUCUUCAUAUGCAGAUAGUUAAUCCUUUGGUUUGAGCCUUCAGGCAGCAUGUUGCCUUUGAUUAAAGUGAAACCAUGUACUAACCAUGUUAGUGACGGUUUUAGAGUGAUGUGUUUGCUUAUGUUGUGGGUGGUAUUCAAUGUGUGAAUUUCAUGGCUCUUUGCAGCGGAACCUUUGAAAAGAAAAGGGCAUUGAAAUAAGAAAAUAUCACCUAUAUUUUCAAAGCAUCACUAAAGAUUUUUAGAUAUGCUCUAUUGCUUCUUUGGAUUUGUUUUCUUUUUUCUUUAAAUUAUAUGAAUUUAUAUUUAAAAGCUUUAUGUUCUGUAUAUUUCUUGGAAAAGAUUACAUGAUUGUAUGUUUAUUGUAAAUACAUUAAAUAUACUAUUUUUUGUUUUUAA